AUGGUUUUCGACCAACUUCGGGGUCGUCGGCUCUCGCUGGUCGUCGGCCUCGUUGGUGCUAUGGGCUUCAUGCUCCAAGGCUAUGACCAAGCCGUUGCCAACGGCUUGCUCACUUUGAAUUCCUUUGUGAGGACAUUCCCUGCAAUCGAUGUCAUACAUGCAACUGGUGCAGAAAAGAGCCACAAAUCAACCAUUCAGGGAACUACUAUCGCAAUCUACGAAGUCGGUUGUGCCCUUGGAGCACUCUCCUGCGCCUAUCUUGGUGACAAACUGGGUCGUCGUCGAACGAUCUUCCUGGCGGGAUGUAUUGCCUGUGUUGGGAUCAUCAUCCAGGCGUCUCCAUUUACCUUGGCACAAUUUAUCGUCGCUCGUGUGAUUACAGGUCUCGGGGUGGGUGGCUUCACUGCUGUCGUCCCAAUGUACAUUUCUGAGUCAAGCAGAGCCGAGAACCGUGGACGGAUGGUCCUACUGGAAGGUUUCUUCGCGAUUGGUGGCAUCGUUGUUGCUUCAUGGCUUGAGUUCGGCUUGUAUUAUGUUCAAGACAACGACGUGAGCUGGCGCUUCCCCAUCGCAUUUCAACUCAUAUUCGCUAUUAUCGUGACAUCCUGCAUCCUCUUUCUACCAGAAUCACCUCGCUGGCUUGUCAGUAAAAACCGAGUCGAAGAAGCCGCUGUUGUAUUGGGCCGAUUGGAAGACACUGAUGGUGAUUCGGAGGCUGUCGCGCUGGGCCUGGACACCAUCCAACAUUCUCUUCAAGAUGAAAGCGGUAGCGAAAGAUCUCACAACCCAUUCGCUUUUAAUGAGACCCGGAACUUCCAUCGCACAUGUCUAGCCAUUGGGGUGAACAUCCUUGCCCAAAUGUCCGGUAUCAAUAUCAUCACGUUCUACUCCGACACCAUCUUCCAGACCGAUCUUGGUUACACAGGAACAACCUCACGUAUCAUUUCAGGAUGUCUUCAAAUCUGGCAAUUCAUUUGUGCAGGAAUCGCUGUAUACCUCAUUGACCGCGUCGGUCGCCGUCGUCUACUGAUUUCUGCCGCUCUGGGGAUGGCCAUCUCGCAAGCCUGCUUAGCCGGUUUAAGCUCUGUCAUCACCACCAAUAAAUCAGCCGCAUCUGCGUCGCUACUAUUCUAUUUCUUAGCCUUUACUUUUUUCCCGAUUGGUCUCUUCCUCGUACCGUUUAUGUAUGCCGCUGAAAUCGCCCCGUUGCAGACAAGAGGAAAAGUAACAGCCAUGAGUGCUUCGGCGAACUGGCUAUUCAAUUUCUUGAUUGCAGAAGUGACCCCUACCGGGUUCGAUAAUAUUGGUUGGAAGUACUAUCUCAUUUAUCUGUGCAUCAAUGCCUCAAGUUUUGUGAUCUUCUGUCUAUUCUACCCAGAGACAAAAGGCCGGUCAUUGGAGGAGAUUGACGAGAUUUUUAUUCGCUCAAAGUCUCCUUUUGAAACGGUCCGGAUUGCGAAGGAGUUGCCAUUCCAGAUUGAUGUUUUGGCCACCGCAGAUGAGAAGAUUCUUGAUGAGCAUAUUGAGAAGGUUUAGAUUUGUGCCAAUGAGUCACUGGUUGGACCAUGUCUAGAUGGGACUUGGAGCCUGCCAGGGUCAACUGUUAGACUAGAUUGCGCUUCUGAUUGAUAUAUGGUAUUACACUGUGGUCAACUGAUGAGGCAUACGAUGAAGAGGAGGAAAUUCAGGGCAUAUAGAAUGGAUUGAGCUAUCCUGUUAGUAUCGAUAGAGUUAGGGUGUCACCAGAUGUCACGUGGAAUGGUUGCCCUAGCUUGCCAUCAUGAAAGGUUUCUUAGAAGUUAGAAUUACAUAUAAAUUACUGA